GUUUGGUCCGCUUUGUUUGACAGGUUUCCCCAACUUUGGUCGUGUUCUGCUUUCCUUCCGGUGUUGCUUUUGUGGUGCAUAACUAAAACUGAUCCCGCGAGAAUGGUGCAAGAUCGUUCUUUGAAUAUCACGACUGUUACGGCGCGUGACAUCCGCUGGCCAACGUCCUUGGGGGCACACGGUUCUGAUGCAAUGCACACGGAUCCGGAUUACUCUUGCGUUUACGUCACGAUUGCGACGGUCGAGGGACCUGUUGGGUACGGCAUGACGUUUACUCUUGGCCGCGGGACCGACAUAGUACUGCUGGCCGUCCGUGCUAUGAAGCGCCUGGUUGAGGGUCGCACGACGGCCAGCAUUUACGAGCGAUUCGGUCAGUUUUGGCGUGAGCUAACGAGCGAAUCGCAGCUUCGAUGGAUUGGACCAGAGAAAGGUGUUACCCACCUGGCGGUGGCCGCCAUCGUUAAUGCCCUGUGGGACCUGUGGGCCAAGAUCCGAAACGUUCCCGUCUGGCAGUUGUUGGUGGAAAUGGAACCGGCGGAGCUUGUUUCAACAAUAGAUUUCCGCUACAUCGAAGACGUUAUCACGCCAAAGGAAGCAAUAGCGAUGUUGGAGCAGAACAAGGCAUCCCGCUAUGAUCGCAUGCAGCAUUUGAUGGAGCGUGGUUAUCCCGCAUAUACUACACAAAUAGGUUGGAUGGGCUACAGUGAUGAAACGAUACGUGGGUUGUGCAGAAAAUACCUCGCUGCUGGAUUUAAAGCGUUCAAAAUGAAAGUAGGACAGGAUUUGGACAGUGAUAUCAAACGGUGCCGGUUGGUGCGUGAAGAAAUUGGCUGGGAGAAUAAAUUUAUGGUUGACGCAAAUCAAACUUGGGACGUCCCAACUGCAAUUGAGUGGGUGAGAAAACUCAAGGAAUUCAAGCUGCUUUGGAUAGAAGAACCAACAUCCCCAGAUGAUAUUCUUGGGCAUGCAAAGAUUGCUGACGCUCUAAGAGAACAUGGUAUCGGAGUGGCAACUGGAGAGAUGUGCUGCAAUCGAGUGAUGUUCAAGCAAUUUAUGCAAGCAAACGCACUCGAGUUUUGCCAGAUCGAUUCAGCUCGCAUUGGUGGAGUCAAUGAAAUCCUAUCGGUCUAUCUGAUGGCCAAGAAACUGAAUGUAAAAGUUUGCCCUCAUGCUGGAGGUGUUGGACUCUGCGAGAUGGUGCAGCACUUGCAGAUGUGGGACUAUUGCUCGGUGUCGUGUACGAUGGAAGAUCGAUUGGUGGAGUUUGUUGAUCAGCAACAUGAUCAGUUCGUGUACCCAGCAACCAUUAACGAAAAUGCCUGUUAUGUUGCACCACGUGCUCCAGGCUAUUCAACUGAGCUGAAAGAUGAAGCUAUUGUGCAGUUCGAGUAUCCAAAUGGAUCGGAAUGGAAACGCAUGUUUGGUGAAGGUCUUUUCAAACCAGAAAACUACUGAAAUAUGAUAAUAAUCUAAACCUAUCAAAAUGUUAAAAUAUUUCAAUGAAUAAAUGUGGUUAAUCACGUGGGUAUUGCAGGGUACAAUGGUGAUUUACAACUUGUGUUAUUCCCACUCACGUUAACCAGCAUGUUGGUCGAAUAAAACUGCUUGGA